UAAUCAACUCGCAGCGAUAUAUUUUACAGUUACUUAUGCAAUUUUCACUCCAUUAUCAAUGAUUAUAUUUGGUUUAUUAACAAUACGAAAUAUUCGAAAACAACGACGACAAAUACAAUCAAUACAUAGCACAUCACAUCGACAACGUGAUCGCCAAAUGAUUCGUCUCAUGUUAGCACAAACAUCUGUUUUCAUACUUCUCUUAUUACCAUUAACAAUUGCAUCACUCAUAAACUCAUUUGUAUCAACAACAGUAAUAAGUCAAUCAAUGCAAAUCAGUUUAAUAAGAUUAACAUCAAUUGUCUUGUACUUCAAUAUGAUUAACAGUUUUUAUUUGAAUACAUUAACAUCAACCAUCUAUCGUAGAGAGGGAUUAAAAAUAUUAAAUGUACUGAUGAAAAGAGUAUUUAAUAGCAUGUUUAUUGAACGAUAUUAUUUACAGCAAUUAGAGCCAACAAAAACAUUUACAAUGAAAACAACCAAUUAUACUCAAUUUCACCCAACUUAG